AUGGACUCUGCGACUGGGCGAGUUCAGGUUUGGGCGCGUGUCCGGCCUCCGAUUGAACAGGAUCAUGGCCCCAGCACCGCAGUCGAGUGCUGCGAGUCGACGAAGAUGGUGCGGGUGCGCAACGACGCCGAGGCUGUCGAGAGGAUCCUCAAUGGUCAGGCAGAACUGUCGUCGGCAUCACCUGAGCCGAAGGAGUUUGCCUUCGACGGAGUCUUCGGGGAGCAGUCGGCGCAGCGUGACGUCUUCAUGCAGAUUGGGCUUCCUGUCCUGCGCGAGGCGCUCCGGGGCAUCAACGGCACCGUCCUGGCCUACGGACAGACCGGCUCCGGCAAGACGCACUCCCUGCUGCACCAGAGCGCCAAGGGAGAAGAGGCAGGGCUGCUACCCCGGCUGGUGGCAUCUUUGUUUCUGAUGAUCAGCCAAGAUGUUGCAAACGUUUACGACAUCGAGGCGGCAGCGGUUCAGGUCUACAAUGAACAAGUUGACGACCUGCUGAACUCUGAACACCAGAGCGGCAUCGGACACAACCUGAACGUCCGCGACGGCGGCGUGGUCAAUGGGCUGACCUGGAUCCGAUGCACAAAGCCCGAUGAGAUGCUGGAAGCCUUCACGCGAGCUCGCGCCAACGUCGUCUACGCGGAGACCAAGAUGAACAAGGCUUCCAGCCGGAGCCACGCCAUCUUCCAACUUCGGAUCAGUAAGCGCGAGCGCGUUUUCGAAGCUUCGAAGACCGGGCAGAAGGUAGAGUGCACCAUCGCAAGGCUGAAUGUCGUGGACCUUGCUGGGUCUGAGCGCGUCAAGAAGUCGGGCUCCGAAGGCAUGCGCUUUCAGGAAGCCACGAACAUCAACCGCAGCCUUCUGGCCUUUGGGAAUGUGGUCAGCGCCCUGGCUGCGCGCAAGUCGCACGUGCCUUUGCGAGACAGCAAGCUCACCAGGAUCCUCGAUGGCUCGAUUGGUGGCAACUGCCGCACCGCACUGCUCGUGUGCGUGAAUGGGUCCUUGGAACACGUGGGCGAGACUCAGAAUACCUUAGAGUUCGCCUCGCGGGCCAUGCGCGUGGAGGUGGACGCCAAAGUCAACACGGCGCUGGUGGAAGUAAGCGCCAAGACCCUCCUGGCCGACCUCAAUCCCGAAGCGCACGAGUUCGGAAAGAAGGUGCAAGCAGACAAGAAGGAGAUCGAGGCCCUUCGCAAGCAGUCUGCCGAUGCAGCAGAGCAGGCCAAGCGCGAAGCCGAGAAGCGCGAGAAGGCCGUGCAGGAGGCGGAAAGCAACGUGAAGAAGCUGCAGCAGGCAGUGUGGUGUGCAGCGAAAGCUGAGCCCGUCGCUCGAAUAGUUGCAAUGGCCGUUGUCGUCGUCGCGGCGCCGCCACAGCCGCUAGUGCGACUUGGUGACGAGGCGCUCGCCCCAGGGGCUGCCCUUGCUUUGCGGGCCACGGAGGCUUUUCAGAGCAAAGUCACAUGGGGUGGUGGUGAGGGAGGUGGCGGGCCAUGGGCAGGCUUGACCUUCGAGCUGGUGGAACUGCGAAUUCGCAUGGAAGAGAAAGAAAUUGUCUGCCGAAUUUGCUCGGACGCUUGUCAGGCAGCAGUCGUGACCAUUCCCGACGCUGCCCAGACCCCAGAUUCAUGA